UUGCUUCCACCUAAUUAGUCUUCUCCUCCGUUGUUUCGCUCGCCGUUUCAAUGGAGGGGCUUAAGGUUUCCGACGCCAAUUUGGUUAUUUACGUUCACCCAUCCAAAAGUAAGAAGGUUUCGCAAGCGGUGCUUCGUGAGCUCGGCGCUAUGCUUCUGAAAUUUGACGAAAGGUUUGAAGGUGUCCUACUGGCUUAUGAGGCCAAUAUUAUUGAUAAAAGUGCGAAGAUUCUAUCUGGAGUGCAUCCAUAUUUUGGUGUGACAAUAAAGGCAAAGCUAUUACUUUUCUCUCCGAAGCCGAACAUGCUUUUAGAGGGAAAGGUGGUGAAGCUUAGGCAAGAAUCAAUCCAUGUUAUUGUCUUGGGUUUUGCUUCUGCUGUAAUAACCGAUGAAGACAUUCGCGAUGAAUUCAAGCAUAGAACAAAACAUGGAGAAGAAAUGUUUGUCAGCAGAGCUAACAAGCACCAUGUGAUAAAGGUUGGGACAAUGGUACGAUUUUUGGUGAAGAGUUUUGAUGAGGAAAUAUUGCACAUCUCUGGAUCUCUAGUUCCAUCUCACACAGGGAGCAUCCAUUGCUUGGAGAAAAAUUCAGUUGAAGGUUCAGUAACUAAUAGGAGUAGAAAGAAGAUGAGAGAUACCGACAGAGAAUCAUUGUUGCAAGAUAGUGUUGCCACUGAUGUAAAUGCACUUCUCUUGAACAACGACCAUCAAUCUAAAACCAAAAAACAAAAAACUAGCAGAAUAUCUUGAAGACUGCUAAUUGUCAUACAACAUAGAUCGUUUUUGUAUCAGGGUGAUGAUGAUUCAAAUCAGAGUCCUCGUUGUUUUCCUAUUGCAAGAUAAGCUUGGGAAAGGGAUGCACCUUUCACUUGGGAAUAUCUGACGUGACACAUCACAUUAUAUCAAGGUGUAGAUAAAUGCAGUUUCCCAUCUUUGUAAUUGUCUUCGAAGUAGCCCAAAUCCUUGUUUUAUGGGCUUAGCUCUAGUAGACAUUAGUGAGCAAAUGAUUUUUGUUUAGUCCAAUGUGCAUUAGGUAAGGAUAGGGGGAGGACAUGUUAUCAACCUAGACUUCCCUAAAAAACUGUGAGAUUUUGAUAUUAUAUUUCUUAGUUUCAUUCAGAAUCACACACACCACAAAAAACAACACUACAACCAGACCGUUUGUUUGUCAAUCAUUAUAAUGAGGAUAUGAUUUGGGUUUUGCAAGUA